UCCGUUUCGCGUUUUUCUAGAAUCUUUCCUGAACGGUGGAGUAGUGGCCCAGCCCAGUCCAGCAGUGACGUCCCUCUCCUGCGCAUAACUGUACUGUUGUUAUUCUCGUCCUCUCAAAUGCAUGGUGGGGGUUUUUUUCUAUUCUUUAUCUCUUGAUUUGACUCCUUACUCUUAGAGUAUGAGUGAAGAGAAAAAAUUUUCACUCAUUUUCUCACCUUCUUCUACUACCCUCGACAUCGUUACACUUUGCGGCCUUUUUAAAAAUCGGAGAUAUUCCUGUGCCCUCCACCACACUGGUGAGCAAGGAAGAUUGUAUAUUGUAGACACAGUAUGUUGGUCGUCUUCCCACGAGGCAAAUCAUGCCAGAUUGUCCCACCAUUCGUUCCUUUUUUAACUACCUCCUUCACCCGCCCUCAUGUCGUCGCAAGGGAGUGGCCACUCACGCAGCUACAGAUUCGAAGGUCACCCUGUUGGGAACCCCCAUCCGCCGUUGCCUUCAAACCAGGAGUGGGUUCUUGCCAAUCCUGCUGAAGAACCAGGGAUCGAUCCUACAUCGCAUCCUCGACAACAACAAUAUCACUUGGUGCCGCGCAGCGACCAGCCAGCCCUACCCGGAGGAAUCCCUGUGAAUCUGCCACUGCAAGAAAACUUUCAACUAGUCCAAUCAGAACAACUCCUUUUAGCUUCCCAGGGGGUGCCAAAGUCGUCGUCCAUAAUCCAACAUCCUGUGUACGGGGUAUCAGGUCCGCCACAGGCAACCGCUGCCAUUGAUAUCCCUCAGCAAAUUCAGCUCGACAGUGCUGGUCAGAGUCCAUUGUUUGACCUGCUCCACCAAUCUUAUUCAUCCGCCGAAGAUUACGAUCCAGGAUCAAUGUACGCCAGCGUUCAGGCCUACUACCAUCCCGACAUCACAUCGCACCCCAGUCAACAGCUGAUUGGCUCUGUGGGCAGUUCCUUUUCGCAGAUCGACUCGACGAACAUGUUCCCCCAGGGCAACCGGCAGCAUGCACCGGUCCAUCCCCAACAGGCCUCGUGGCCGCAGUACCAGCGUUCGUUAUCUCGCACACCAGAGGACCCUUACCAAAGGAGACCGCAGGAAUCGUUGACGCCGCCUGCUGGAUAUGCGCCUCUACCGUCACAGCCAGCCGUCUUUUCAAACACAUCAUACCCGGCCAAUUUACAGCAGCCACAAGCGCAAGCCUUCUAUCCUAAUUCUAAUGCUUUCGGCUUCAACCAGCCAAAUUACGACUUCACUCAACCUUCUUUUGUCCCUUCAAAUGCUUACCCUAUAACCACUGGGCCCGACCCGAGAAUUCCAAUUAGAACAUCACCUUUCCCAGGCAGCAACAAUUCAACCCCUACAACGCCAGAACCCGAGAGUCAGGUUCGCGUGCUUGAGUCGCGCCCAAAGCCACAGUGCUGGGACCAUGGCUGCAAUGGUCGCGAGUUUUCGACCUUCAGCAAUCUGCUGAGACAUCAGCGCGAGCGUUCGGGGGCCGCGGCCAAGUCUGAGUGUCCGCACUGCGGGGCGGUCUUUACGCGAACGACGGCGCGAAACACUCAUAUCUCGCAAGGGAAAUGCAAAGGCAUUCGCGAGUCAACCGAAUGAUUGAGUCUCCAACUCUUGUACUAUAGUUUCCUCUACUUCAUUCCCUGCUCCCUUUUUUUCUUCUUUCUUUACGUUUCCUGUUUCAAUCCUUUGUUCUGUCUUUGAUCCCCAGGUUAUUUCAAGCAUUGUUAUCC